UUGUCAAAUACGGAAAAAGAAUUCGUACGGGCGGUAAUAGCUGAAAAAUAUCGUCUGGAUGGACGCGGUCCCAGGGAGUACAGAUCAAUCAAAAUAAGAUACGAAGGUAGCAAGGGCUGCUGUUUUGUUGAUCUUGGAGAAACAAAGGUAGUUGCUCAGAUAUCCUGGGAACUGUCAACGCCUAAAGAUUCACGACCAAAUGAAGGCAUGGUGAGGGUAAAUGUUGAAUUGUCCCCUUUAAUGGGUUCAUUUGCUGCCAUACCAAACAGUGCACCUACCACAGAUGAUAUCAUUGAGGUCAACAGACUGUUGGAGCGAUGUCUCAGAGAAUCGAAUUGCCUCGAUUUAGAAUCCCUGUGCAUCGAAUCAGGGACAUCUGCUAUGACAAUAAAAGUUGACCUCCAUGUUCUAAAUCACUCAGGUAACUUAAUAGAUGCAUUGAUGUUGGCUGGCAUUGGUGCCUUGAAACAUUUUCGAAAACCCGAUGUAACAUAUUGUGGGUUAGAAACAAUAGUUCACACAAACGAAGAUCGUGAUCCUCUGCCUUUAAAUCUUUUGCACAUUCCUGUUUGCACCACUUUUGCCUUUUUUUCACUUACAAGUGACAGCACAGUUGUUAUAAUGGAUCCUACCGAUUUGGAAGAAAAGUGUUGUGACUGGAAGGUGAUAAUUGCUGCAAACAAACAAAGAGAGAUCUGUUUGAUGCAGACAUUAGGCAGUCGCGCCCUAACAACUGCUGAUCAGAUUUUACUCUGCUGUAAUUUGGCAAUUGAAAGGGCGAUCCAGACUGCCCAUCUAAUUGAGAGGUCUUUGAAAGAAGAUGAA